CGAGCUCCGCUUCGGUGGACUCCCGGUUACCCUCAGCGCAGGAAGCACCGCAGCAGUCGGGCUUCAACAAGCGGUCGGCACCGACUCAGCAACCCAACACGAGUCGGCACCGCGAAAUGUCGGCGGUAGGUUACCCGAGGCCGACCAGCCGUAGCCGGUCCCGGUCCCGCGACCACCGGUACCAUUCCAGGUCCAGAUCGGCGAGACGCUAUUCCAGAUCCUGGUCGCGGAGGCGCUACUCCCCAAACCCGGACCGGCACCGUCCUAUGGCUCCGCCGUGGCCUUCCAGGUCACCGUCCGUGGUCUCAGGGACUGACUCGGACCGGUACGGCGGAUAUGGCCAUAGGUCGCAGGCCAGCAGGGACUAUAGCCAUUCUCAAUGGGGCCAGCCGAGCCAAUGGCCUUUCUGGACACCCUGGGCCUACCACCAGCAAGGGCCCCCAUCGAGGGCCUCGAGAUCCAGGCCACCGGGGUACCGAUCCCGCUCCCCACGGCACCGCCCGCCAUCGCAUAAGGAGGCAACGGUCUCUAGACCUCCGGAGCGGGAAGGAGUGGACUCGGCACAGAGUACGGUACUGUCCCAGUCCCACACUGCGGGUCAGGCCCCAGAAGAGCAACUGGUCGAUGCCGGGUUGCAGGACACUGAGGAGGGGCAGAAGGCUCCGACCUCUUCCUCCUCGCUAGAUGAGGCAGUAGCGGGCAACAUGGUGUCCGGCCCUCCCCCGAUUGACCAUCGGGCACACCAAGACCUGCUUCGCAGGGUAGCCCUCAAUCUGGGCUUGCAAGCGGAGGAGACCGUAGAACAGGAAGACCCCAUGGUCGAUAUCCUGAGCCCAGAGGGCCUCUCCAGAGUCGCUCUCCCGAUCAUACGGACAGUACAGUCCAACUGUAAGACGGUGUGGCAGACGCCGGCCUCCAGUGCACCGACUGCAAGAGGCGUGGAGAGGAAAUACUUCGCCCCAUCUAGAGGGUUCGACUUCCUCUUUUUGCACCCGUCCCCUUGUUCGCUAGUGGUCUCAGCGGUCAACGAGAGAGAGCGUCGUGGCCAGCAAGCUCCGGCCCCCAAGGGCAAGGAAGCUAAGCGACUGGACUUGUUCGGGAGGAAAGUCUAUUCCUCUGGGGGCCUUCAACUAAGGAUCGCCAAUCAGCAGGCGAUUCUGAACAGGCACAAUUUUAACUCUUGGGCUUCAUUCGCCAAGUUUAAGGACUCCCUCCCACCUGACGCGCAUCAGGAGUUCAUGGCCCUGGUGGACGAGGGGAUGGCGGUGGCCAAGACCUCAUUGCAGGCCUCCCUCGACUCAGCCGAUGCUGCGGCUAGAACGAUCGCGUCAGGAGUCGUGAUGAGGCGUUCGGCGUGGUUACAGGCUUCAGGUCUUCCACCAGAGGUGCAAACCACACUGCAGGACCUCCUGUUUGAAGGUUCGGGCUUGUUCUCCGACCAAACGGACGCCAGGCUGCAUAGCCUUAAGGACUCACGUGCGACCCUUAAGUCGUUGGGUAUGCACACCCCGGUAACGCAGCGUAAGCCCUUUAAACCCCAGCCACCGCAGAGGCAAUACCACCCUCGCCCCCGACACGAGCCUUACCACCGUCGAGGCAGGGAUAACAGUUACAACUUGAACUUCUGGGACUCCCUCUGUAAGUUCAAGGAGUCCCUACCCCAGAAUUCAGCCCAGGAAUUUGGGGCCCUGGUGGAGGAGGAGGCGGACGGGAUGAAAGGUCGCCCAGUGUCUCCUCAGAGGAUUUCAUCUUGGAUCACGGCCUGCAUCCGUUACUGCUAUGAUCUGGUGAAGGUGCCUCCACCAGCGACCGUGACUGCCCACUCGACUAGGGUGAAGGCUUCGUCAGCACCCUUCCUGGCCCAGGUGCUGAUUCAGCAUAACUGCAGGGCUGCUACCUGGUUGUCUUUCCACACGUUUAAUCUCAUUAUGCACUUAUCCAGCAAGCCCGAGAUGAUGCUGGCUUUGGCAGAGCAGUGUUGCAAGCCGCAUGAGCGUGAACUCUGA